GCCCGCGGCCCCCGGCGGCUGCGGCCCGCGGAGGCGGCGCUGACCCGGCGGAGCGGAGCGGAGCGGCCCCCGGCCAUGGGCAGCGUCGGCCCCCGCCCGCCCCGAGGCCACCGGCAGAUGUGCUGAUGUCUGCUCCUUGCAAAGACCUGACCCACCUGAGGUUGGCAGAUGCACAGAUGUGACCGUGAGUCACCAGUAAAAGGGCCAUGUCCCCACAGCCAGACACCCCAGUCCUCACAACGUUCAGGAGUCAUACCACUGCCUGCAGGAGCAUUGGUGAGUGGAUCUGCACCUCCCAGCCCUCCUCAGUCCCUCUUCCUGCACAUAUCUCUUCUUGUUUUCGGUAGAAUGAGUGAGAGGGAUCUACAGAGCCUGAGCAAAUGGGUUUUCGUGCUCAGUCUCUGCCUUACCACGCUGUGGGGACGACUGACGCUGGCCUCCACGCAUCAGCACAGAAGCCAUUCAGGGCACGUGGAGCCCGGCACGUGCGAGGUGGUCGCGGCUCACCGCUGCUGCAACAAGAACAAGAUCGAGGAGCGCUCGCAGACGGUGAAGUGCUCCUGCUUCCCAGGGCAGGUGGCAGGGACAACGCGGGCAGCUCCCUCCUGCGUGGACGGUGGGCAGAGCUGGUCCUCCAUACCCUGUGCUGCUGAUCCCCUGCUCUCCCCAGCCUCCAUCGUGCUGCAGAGGUGGUGGUGCCAGAUGGAGCCGUGUCUGGAUGGGGAGGAAUGCAGAGUGCUGCCUGACCUGUCGGGAUGGAGCUGCAGCAGUGGCAACAAAGUGAAGACGACCAAGGUCACUCGAUAGCCCCCGUGCAGCGUGGCACGGGCUGAGCAGCCUUGCCCUGGGCCCUGGUGCUCCUGUGAGCAGCAGGGUGUGGGCCAGUGCCUGCAGAGGGGGGAUGCUCCAGGCCUGCCAUGCUGCACCCGUCAGCAGGACUGAGACAGCUGCUGGAUCAGGGCAUCCUCUGCGCCCCAGCUUCCCUGGAGGCUGCAGGCAGGGGUCCCAGGGCAGCUGCUGGAAUCCCGUCACUCCACGGUUUCCUCCUUUUCUGUGGACACAUUCACCAACCAAGAAAUGGGCUCAUUUUCUAAUCCUCCUAAAUAAAAUAUUCCCACUAUGUAAGAGCUGUUGACAAUACAGAGACAGACAGGCAGCAGGCUCCCAAAAUGGGCUUUGAUCUGAAUAGCUGAAAUCAUUGCUGUGAGUCGCCUUCCCCCCGAGAUGCUGAAUCCAGGUGCAUUGGAGUCUGGAAGUCGGUGGUCAUGUGAAACCUUUCCCCAUGUGGCUCGUGGCCCUGGGGUUUCUAGGAGCAGUGGCUGAGCUCCAGCCUGAUCCUGAGUCACUGGUGGCUGCUCUGCCCUCAGAGCCUGGGCUUCCCCUGCCCCACCACUAUGACCACAGGCAGCAGAUGUGGCAGUGUAGUCAGGGGUGUCUGACACCCUGUUGGCUCCCAGGGGUGGUGAGAUGUCUCCAUGGUGCAUGCUGCUGGUUUCUCCUUCCUCAGUAAUUGCAUUAAUCAGGUUGCAAAUUUAGUGUUUUCCACCAUGCAAAUCCCAGGCACUGAGUUUCUGCUUGUGUUUGCAAUUGAAUUUCAGACUUGUGUGAGGCGAUCUCUCUGUCUGCGGCUCUGGGGUGUCUGGGGCAUCAGACAGGGCCUCUGACCAAGCUAGAUUUUGUUGUAGUAAUCCAAAAUAAAGAAAAAUGUACCACCUCCUGGCCCUGAGCUCAUGACCUUCUCCAGGACACACCAUUUCCUGUGGUGUGGCAACUCAAGGUGGGGGACAAUGUGAACUCUGUGCCCCCAGUGUCAGAGGUGCUGGGGACCCCGGGGCUGUGGGACCAACACCUCCAGCCCUGCUCUGGGACCCCUCUGGGACCCCCCAGGGGAUGUGCUGGUGCAGGAGGGGCUGGAGAUGGCGUGAGGACCAUGGCAGUGAGGGGGUCACUGCUGCUUUUCUGCCACCUGCCUCCUGCCCUGGCUCCCACCACAGGACUCAAAUGUUAUUGAGACAUUUUUGUAAUGGGGUAUGUAAUACCCUCUCCAGAUGUGAUGUAAAUACCAGACUGUGAAAUAAUAAAUUCAUUUUAAUCUCUGCAAAA